GUAAAAAGCAAUGUGCUUCAUCAGUUAAUAAAUUGCCUUCAUUGAGGCAUCACUUGCAAUAGUCAAAAAGUGUACAAGCUAAUUCCUAGUUAAAUUAAACGUUUUUGCGACAGUACAGAGCAUACUUUCCAAGUACCAAGUACCUAUCAAUUAGGGUACCAUCUAGUCCGGUUUAUCAUGUCCGUAAUUCAUUCGCUGUUAUCAGGUUUAGAUAUUUCAUAACUCGUUCCUAAAUAUGCCUGAACAAAUUUGUUUUCUUACAAUAAUUAUAUGUUUGAAGAAAUGUCAAUCAGUCUGAACUUAAACGGAGCGAAUCUAAACUAUUCUAGCUUUUGACCCUGCGGCUUGUUAGCGUUAAAUAGUCUAGUGUAUUGGUAGUUGUACGAAUAGUGAACCGAAUAUGAAUGACCGAAUCCGCCGCAGCUAACGCGGAAACCACUACUAUCGAAGAGGAGAUCGAAAACCUUUCUCACGAAGAUCUGCUGGAAGUCACUCAGAGUAGCAUCAAAAGACUGAUUGCUUCUGAUCCCCUACUUUCGGAUCUACCUGUUGAUGUUACACCCGAAGAGGUGUUGUCUCAAAUCGCGGUGAUACAAGGACAGAGUAUAACUGUAACAAUUCUCCGAUAUUCGGAAAGUCCAUUAAGCGUAGUGAUACCGCAACAGAAUACCACGGUGCUCGAUUUGAAAAAAGCCAUCAAGCGGCAUUUUCUAUUAAAACAGCAACGGCAAAAAAGCAAAACCAAAGUGAGUUGGAAAUACGUGUGGAAAACGUUCUGGUUGCAGAACGUCUCUAAUGGGCGAGUGCUCAAGAAUGACAAAGAGAAGGUCAACAAUUACGAAGUUGUAAAUAGGUCAGAAUUGAGAUUUGUAAAGAGAUUAUCAAAAGACAGAGGCCCAACAGAGCAUCUCGAGACAUGUUAAGGGACAGUUAUGUGGGAAUUAGAGUUAGGAAAAAGGUGCUUUUUCGUUCUGAUGUUAUUUAGCAGUUUAUCAUUAACGCCUCGUUGCACAGCAAAGUUCCCUUGGCUAGAGCAAAUCAGUCGCCAAGAAGAACUAACUCUGGGAUGUGAUAAUUUAGGAUUAAGCGGGCGACGUAUUCUGGAUGUUUCCCAGUUGAACCACAUUUUGGUCGACCACAGACACAAGCUACUCUACUGCUACGUACCUAAAGUGGCUUGCACUAACUGGAAACGAGUAAUGAUGGUUCUAACUGGCGAAUCUAAUGCCACUAAUCUAGUCAAUAUUCCUGCAACUAUCGCACAUUCGAAUAGCUCAACAAUUAGAUUGUCUGAUCUUCCUCUUGCCGACAUAAAAUGGAUUUUAAACAAUUACACUCUAUUUCUAAUUGCCAGGCACCCGUUUGAAAGGCUGCUUUCUGCCUAUCGGAAUAAGUUUACUGAAAACAUCACUAGUUCCAAAUACUUUCAGACCCGAUAUGGCAAACACAUUAUCAAAAAGUAUCGCCCAACUGCUACAGUUGACGAAUUGGACUCCGGUGCAAAUGUAUCCUUUCCAGAAUUCGUAAAGUUUUUGCUGAAUGAAGGUGUCAACACCAACGAACACUGGGCACCCAUCUACGACUUAUGCUUGCCAUGUACUUUGAACUAUUCUUUUAUUGGACACUAUGAAACCCUUUCGCAAGACGCCAAAACCAUUUUAGAUAUGGUAGAAGCGCCGCAUUUGAUUUUUCCAGUUACCAGAGCCGGUCAUACUCGGGAUCGGCUUCGGGAAUACUUUCAACAACUAUCGAUAUUCAAUAUCGAACAUUUAUACAAAAAGUACCUUCCGGAUUUCAAGCUUUUUGGUUACGGGUUGGAGGAUUUAUUGGGGUACGAUUUAGCGUAAGUUUAUUGCAAGGACAACCCUUGUUUAAUGUGAAUAUUAAUUAGUUCAACAGCAAAACCCAGUUCUGAUAUGUCACCUUUGAUGUAAUUUGAAUAUUCAACAUAUUUAAAAUAGGUAUUUUUUCGGAAAAUACGAAACAUUUUUGUACCUUUAUUAUAUUUUUGCAUGUUGUA